UUGAGGCCCUUUGAUAAUUAAAAAAAAAAAGAAAAAAGAAUCCGCUGAAUUCAUGGAGGAAGAUGUGUUGAAUGCGCUGCAAAUGCGCUGUGCGUAUCUUUCGGGUGGCUACGAUCGGGAGAAACGUAUAAUAUUCAUUGUGAAUGCAUUCAACGAUCAACAAUUGUGGAAUCGUCGCUGUCUUCAACUGACACUCGACUAUCUAAAGCGUUCACUCAGUGCUGCCAUAUUGCAAAAUGGCGUCAGUGUCAUUGUCAAUGCUCAGGAGAGCAGCUCUCGCAUCUCCAGACAGCACGUGCGUCAGAUCUAUGCGCUCUUUGGUGGCGACAUUAGCGUCGAUUUGUAUCUAGUCAGAGCGGAGGGUUUCUGGGAGAAGCACGUGGAGCCAUGCGCCAAGUCGCAGAUCAAAGGCGAGCCCUUGGUGCUCUCGAAGACACGUCUAGCCAAAUUUAUCGAGCCACAGAAUCUGCCCGAAGAAUUGGGCGGCACUCUGCAAUUCAAUUAUGAUCUGUGGCUGCAACAGCGCAAGGCCAUAGACGAAUUCAGCAGGACGCAUGCUCUAACUUUGGGCACCAUGGAACAGCUGUUGACUUUGCUCGCUGGCCACAGGUCGCUGCGUCCGGCGGAAGCGGAUGUCGAGCUGAAGAAGUGCGCCCAGUUGCACACGCAUGUGCAACGCAGCAUUGAGGCAGCUAUUGAGAUGGGUAACGCGAUCUUGGCUCGCUUCAACGAGGUUUACGAGACGCCGACACAGGCAGCGACACAUGCCACACCUGCUGCCACAACAACAACUGCCACAACAACCUCGGCAGCUACAACAAUGGGUCUUUCAAGACCCCUUCUCCCCCCUGAUCUGGGUUGUGAGAGGGCCCGCAUCGAGUUGCGUCUCAAUGAGAUCGAGAAGAAGCAGACGGCAAUACGAACCGCGUGGUUGGAGUUGCUGCGAUCGCUGCGUGAGGCACGUGAGCUUUGUACCUUGGAAGAGGGCGUGGCCUUUGUCACCAACUGGAUUCUCAACCAGGCCGAGCAACUGCUGAGCCGACAGCGCAGCAUUGGAGGCGAUGUUCGUGGCGCGGAAACAUUGCGAUCGGCACACGAUCAAUUGGAACUGGAGUGUCGAGAAACAUAUGGUUGUUAUGCCGAGCUGCUCUACAAGAUCGAGCAAUUCUCCAGCGAGAGAUCACAGCUUAAGUGCCAGGAUCUUCUCUCCCAGCGCGACUUUAUGCAAUUCGUUUGUCGCUCCUUUGCCGAACGCCUCGAAAAAAGACGAAAAGUUCUAAUGACUUCGUUGCGUUUUCAUCGUUUAUACGAUCAAUUUGAGGCGGAACUUUUGAUCGCCAAUCAGGCAGCGGAUGCGGAACCCAGUGAAUUAAACUCCCAACAGGCCAAAGAGUUGCUAAUGCAACUGAAGACAAGUCAAAAGUUGUUGGUCAACAUCGAACGCGAACUUGUGCGCGAGGGCGAAAAGCUGAGCGACAUGUUGUCGAUGCCGGUGAAAGACGCUUUGGGCCGUGACCUCCAGUUGGACUACAGCAACGACAUUGCCCAGCUGCGACGUCGCCUCGACGCGAGCAGAGCUCGGAGGCAGCGGUGCGGGGAGCGGGUGGCGCUGCAGCGGCUCACCUUGGAGCAGGUGACCCACAUUCAUGGCUAUGAGCAGGAGGUGCACUGUGCUCUCAACUGGAUGAACGAGCUGUAUGCGGUGUUGUUGCGCUGUCAUUCCCAUGUCGGCUGCAACAUCCACGAGAUUCAGCUGCAGAAGGACGAGCUGCAGGGGUUCGAGGAAACCGGACGGAGCAUCUACAAUUAUGGCUGUCAGCUGCUGGAGGCAUCGCAGACACUGCGUCUCUGUUGCAAGUUGGAGCGGUCGGAGCCGGAGCAGUUUCUGCUGCAGCUGCAACGCACCUGGCACAGUCUACAGUCGAUUUCCCAGGAGCAGAUGACGCGUCUGCGUGUCUCCGCCGUCUUUCAUCGCAGUGUGGAGGCAUAUUAUCGACAACUGCGCGAUCUGCGACCUCUGCUCACUCAUGAACUUGCCACACAGCUGCAGCAGCAGCGACAGCAACACAAUCGCAGCAGCAGCGGCAUCAGCAGCGACGCCGACGCCGACGUUGACGCCGACCUCUUUCCUGCUGGCGGCCUUGGAGCGCGACUGCAGCGCCAUCUAUUGGCGAGGGAGCAACUUUUGGUGGAAGUGGGUCGCAUGGUCCGACUGGGUCGGCUGUUAAAGAAGCGUCUGAAGGAACCAUUUCUGCUCGACGCACUCACGGGCAAAAGUGAAAAAAUGUUUGCCCGAUUUCGCAAUAUUUUUGCAAAAUCAAAAACGGAUGAGGUGCCCAUUAUUGUGGUGAAUGAACCAAUGGAAGAGGCGGAAAAUUCCGAAGAUAUUCAAACUGAGAAUCAGACUGAGAUUAAAGCUCCUUUGGCCAGCGAGGAGGAGGAGUCGGAAAGUCUCAAUGAAACACUGAGCAAGUCUAGUCAAGAACUCUCUCAGCUGCUGGAUGCAAUUAAUUUGAGCAGCAAAUUGCCAGACAAUGAUGAAAGUAAUGAAGAUGAUGAUGACGAUGAUGAUGACGAUAAUGAUGAUACAGCCAGCACUUCCAGUGUGAAAACUAAAAUAGCCAAAGCUUCCAUAGAGCGUGAUAUACCCACGGAUAUAGAAGAAGAGGAAGAGGAAGCUAUAGAGCAGCACAGUCUGGACAAGAUCAAGGCUUUAAUACGCAACGACAGUGAAACCUAUCCGCAGAGUGAUUACACCGAUACUGAGGAUAAUGCCACGCCCUCGCACUCACGCACCGCCUCCCAGGAUUCAACAGCCGAUAAACUGACCUUACUUCCCUGUGAUUACAGCAUUAUCCCCGAGGAACUGCCCUUCGACAGUCCCGUUCAUCCGAGUCCCCUACACGACAGUGGACGCAACAGCAGCGCCGACAGCGAAACUUGCCCCACUGUGCAACUGUCGCCCAGCACAGUGACAGUGACACCAACCGGAAGCAAUGAAUUAGCCUGUGCCGCCAUCUCCCACAAGCUGAGUGCAAUUGCCGAGGUGGCCGAGUCCCUGGAUGCGGUGAUCAGGGAUUGCAGUGGCGCCAUCGACGUCGACCUGUCCAAGAAGCUCGGAUCCCAUGCAGUUGGCAGCGAGGACUGGCAAUCGCGCUCCACGGAGGAUGAAUCCUUUGCCACCGCCUCCGAGGGCAAUUUCACGCCCAAUUCGCACUCUUCGUCCUUCCAGACGGCUUCGUAUAUUGGAUCUGCGAAGAAUUCCUUCGAUGAGGCGGACGAUUCGACGUUGAGCAACUUUGAGAUUCCCGAGCUGCCUCAAUCGCCCGUCAACAUGUCUUUUGACAGCUCCGAGCUGAGUUAUUUCUCGGCUCAACAGCCCCCGCUGCAUCCCUGCGAGGCGGAUGAUGAUCAGGAUAGCGUUGUGGGCGUGGCCGAGCUGCAUAGUCAAAGUGUUACGCCCACGCCGGAAAUGGAAUUGGAAUUGGAGGUGCAACAUCCCAUCGAAUCGGAUAGCGAAAUAGAAGCUUACGGAUUGGACUCUAAUGUCAUUAGCACGGAAUUUAUGCCCAGUGUUUCUACGGCUGUUACGCCGGAGGUGAGUUCUGCCGACUGCGCUGCCGCUGCUGACUGCGCUGCCUCUGCCUCGACUAACAACAACAACAACAACGAACAGAAGACGAAUUGGCGUCGCAGCAAAUACUACGAGAAUAUUACGAAACAAACGAUCAAGGGAUUCCUCUGAGCAAUUAAAUGAGCUAAUAUGAGAUAAAUUGAGAUGAGAAAAGAG